AUUUCCAAUCUCCAAUCAAAUACUCAAAAUGAACACCCUCGUCGUCUUCGGAGCAACAGGCCAAACCGGCUCCUCAGUCGUCAACCACGUCCUCAACUCCCCCUUGAAGAACAAGUACGCCCUGCGCGCCAUCACCCGCGACAGCAGCAAACCCGACGCCCAAGCGUACAUCACCAAAGGCGUCGAAGUCGUGCAAGCCGACGCCGAAGACGCGUCUUCGCUCUCCGCCGCUGUCGAAAACGCCCACACAGUCUUCAUCGUCACCGCAACCGUGUACGAUGAACACCUCGCCACUCGCGAAUUCAGACAGGGCAAAGCCAUCGCCGACGCGGCCGUCGCGGCCGGAGCCAAGUACCUUAUUUUCAGCUCGGCCGUGCACACAAACGACCGAGUGGACGUGUUUGAGUCCAAGGUCGUGCUGGAAAAGUAUAUCCGGUCGCUGCCUGUCGCGAGUGCGUUUUACUCGCCGGGAAUGUUUAUGCAGAAUCUUCUUACGUUCAUGAAGCCUCGGCCUAUUGAGUCGUCGGUGGAGGAGUAUUCCAUGGUCAAUGUUAUUAGCCCGGAUGCGAAGAUUCCGCUUAUUGAUAUCGUCGCCGACACGGGGAAAUUUGUCGGUGCUAUUCUUUCUGAGUCGGAGAGGUUUGCUGGGAAGACGCUGUACGCUGCUUCUCAGAUGCGGUCGCUCCAGGAGAUCGCGGCCACUUUCACGGAGGUUACUGGGAAGAGGGUGCGGUACCUCCAGAUUCCGGACAAGGAGUUCAUCAAGGUCCUGCCGGAGGCUAUGGCAGAACGACAGGUUGCCAUGGUGAGGUGGUUUGAGAACCCGGGGUAUUUCGGCGAAAAGACGGAGGAGUUGGUGGAAGAGUCUGCGAAGGGGUUGGAGGGAUUGAAGGACUUGAAGGUGUUCUUGAAGGAGAAUAAGGCUUUGGCAUGA